UCUUCAAUUUUCUGCCUCACUGCUUUUCGCUUUAUCUAUCUUUAACAACAAAUUGGGAAACAGGAAAGUUACGUUGUUUUAUCCAAAAUGAUGUGCGAAAAUGCUGAGAUUAUGUCUGAUUUUGCUCUUCUUGAAUAUAUUCGACGCCACUUGCUCGACGACUUUGAUGCUCCGGUGGCGUCAGUAACAGACUACAAUUCGCCGGAUUCCAAUUGCAGUGGAGGCUCCGGGUGGUCGUCGUCGGUGGAUGAGACACCCACUGCCGUGGUCAAGGAAGAGCCGGAGAUGGGGUUCUAUGAUUUUCCGGCGAUUCUUGAUUUUACGGCGGUGCCUCCUCCGGCGGCGGUAGCUCGGCCAGCAGCCGUUGAGAAGCAUUACAGGGGUGUGAGGAGGCGACCGUGGGGGAAGUUCGCGGCGGAGAUAAGGGACCCAGCCAAGAACGGGGCUCGGGUGUGGCUGGGGACAUACGAGACGGCGGAGGACGCGGCGGUGGCCUACGACAGGGCGGCGUAUCGCAUGCGCGGGGCACGUGCCUUGCUGAAUUUCCCGCAUAGAAUCAACUCAGGUGAACCGGAGCCAAUUAGAAUCACAAGCAAGAAGAGAUCCGCUUCAGUGGAUUAUUCAUCCUCCUCCUCCACAUCAUCGGAAAAUGUCUCAUCUAAGAGGAGGAAGACGGCGGCUCAAUCGCCGGAGCAAUCCGUUGUACAAACUUCUACCACUUUCCAUCUGCAAUAACUGCACCUUCUUCCCAUUUCUUUUCUUCUUUUUUUUUUUGGUAAAAAAAAAAGAAUUCAUUAAUUUUUUUUGUUUAAUUUGUUAUUUAUUAUUUUAGCUUUGUUGAUUUGUAGUUGUUGAAUGAACUAAUCAAAUUUGCAUUGGUUUCUUCGCAACAGAAAGCACUCUCUUUCAUCAUUUUUUA